AUGGUGGCUAUGUGCUGUCCUAGCGAACUUACGCGCACCCUGCUCCCCUCAGCGCGGGCAAACCAACCGGUUGAGAUCCCGAAGGGAGGCCCAGCGAGCAGGGAGAGGUGCGCGGUUUGCAUACUAUUGGAGUAUCAAACGCACUACGUACGCGCACUGCCUAUCACUUUUGCUCAUCACCGCGAAGCCGUUGCAACCGCGCCCGCCGAAGAGCGUUCGACCACAGACCUCCCCCGACGACACCGAUCGGAAGAAGGAAGAUACCGCGACGGGGUACAACCCCCGCAUACCCCCGGGGCGACGCCGCGUCCAUCACGCUCCCCGGAUGAGGAGCCCCAUCCGGAGGCCAGCACCAGCGGCUCGUCGAUGCGCCAGCACUACGGCGCGGAGAGUAGCGGGCCCGGGACCGAUGCU